UAUUUUUUUUUCUUAGAAUGCCUUGCUUGGAGACUUACCAGAGCCCGCGACGAGACUCGCUAGUGACGGAGUAAACCAUUAACAACUCUGAGGUUAGAGUUGCUGGUCAGGCAACUCUUUCGCUCUCGCCGCGAGAAAGGCAUUGCCACGGUUCACCCGAAAUUCCAAUCUCGACGCAGUGCCCGGGAAACAAUGCCCCUGGUCACCACUCCACGCCCCUCACCAUGAAAACCCCUGUCCGAGCAGUCUUAGGGCGAACGUGUCAGUGUUUCCAGACCUUCCCGCUGCCGCCAUGCCGGUCCUUCAGCGUCACAAGCGCUGCGGCUCGCAAAGGGGGAAAGAAGGCCAAGUCUAGGAUUUCUGCUCCGAGCAGCAGCGCGAAUGAGACGGACCCCUGGGCCCCCGCCAUCCGUAAACCCGUUCCUCAACCCGUUCCGGAAGAAGCCCCUCAGCCCGCUUCUCGAGCUUCCUCCUCGGGCGCACCCGACACAUAUCACCAUUUCCGCCUGCUUGUCCAGCGUCACCUCCAGGCGCUCAUCCGCCAACUGCGCGAGCUGCAAGAGGAAAGAAGCGAUGCCCUUCUCCACUUCGCCCUCGACGGCCCCGUCGAGCUGCACACGUGCGCCAUCAACUUUGCCAAGGCCAUAGACGCGAGUUUCGGGCUGGCUGCCGUCGGCACGACCAGCCGGUCCGAAAACCCGCUGUUCUGGGGGCUUCGUCAUGGCUUCGUCCGCGGCAACUCUGGCGGCCUGGCUAGGGAACUCACCUACGCCUUCCGGAGCUUCGCCGGCGAGUCCAAAUAUUACAGCCCGCAUCUCCAACUGCCAUCAGGAAAAGAGUUGACCGACUUCCGUUUCCCACACGAGUGGUUCCCGGCCACGCGCGCCAUGCACCGCACCAUCCAUCUCCACGUCGGACCUACCAACUCGGGCAAGACUUACAACGCCCUCAAGGCCCUGGAGACGGCCAGGACGGGAGUCUACGCCGGGCCGCUCCGCCUGCUCGCGCACGAGGUCUACACACGCCUUACGAAAAAGGACAAGAUUUGCGCCCUACUCACGGGCGAGGAGCAGAGGAUACCCGACGGCUUCCAGUUCAUGUUCGCCGCCUGCACCGUCGAGAUGACGCCACUCAACGACGUGCUGGACGUGGCUGUCAUUGACGAGAUUCAGAUGAUUACCAAUGAGGACCGCGGGUUUGCUUGGGCUCAGGCCUUCCUGGGAGUGCAGGCUCGUGAGGUCCAUCUCUGCGGGGAGGAACGCACCGUGGACCUGAUACAGAACCUCUGCCAGAGGAUCGGCGACACAUGCAUCAUUCACAAAUACAACCGCCUGAGCCCGCUGCAGACCAUGCGGCGGAGCCUCGGCGACCUCAGGAAUCUGGAAAAGGGGGACGCCGUCGUCUCCUUUAGCAGAGUCGGCCUGCACAGGCUGAAGGCAGGCAUUGAAAAGCAAACGGGCAGGCGCUGCGCCGUCGUUUACGGGUCACUGCCACCCGAGACCCGAGCCGAGCAGGCGAGUCUGUUCAACGACCCUGACAAUGACUACGACUAUCUCGUGGCCAGCGACGCAAUCGGCAUGGGCCUUAACCUGGAGAUCAAGCGUGUGAUUUUUGAGGCCAUCACAAAGUUCGACGGCACGAUGCAUCGAGAUCUUGGGAUUCCCGACAUCAAACAGAUAGGGGGCAGAGCCGGCCGCUUCCGCUCUGCUGCUCACGAGAUCAAGGGGGGCUCGGCAACACCCCUGUUAGACGCACCAGCUGACCGCUCCGAGAAGCCUCCGGGGCUGGUGACAACUUUGGAUCCCAAGCAUUUAGCCCGUGUCCAGCACGCCUUCACCGUCGAGGUUCCUCAGAUAAAGGUGGCAGGGAUACUUCCUCCGGCGUCGAGUAUCGAGGCGAUAUACUCUCUAUUUCCACCCGGGACGCCUCUCAGCCACGUACUAGUCAAGAUCCGGCAGCUGGCCAAGGUCUCUAGCGAGUUCUUCCUCUGCGACAUCAAAGAGUGGAUCGAAGUUGCCGACGCAAUCGAGGGUCUCCCAAUGGGUAUUCAUGACCGAUGCACCCUUCUUAACGCGCCCACUUCCCGCGAUACCAUGGAAAGUCUCAAAGUGUUCGCCAAGUGUAUAUCUCAACAAAAGGGUGGACACCUGCUUGAGAUUGAGGAGCUUGACCUGGAAGUGCUGGAGAGGGACCCAAAGGAGGUGACUAACCCGCGGGCCUUCCUGGAUCGACUGGAGGUGGCGCACAAGAGCGUCACACUGUAUCUCUGGCUCAGCUACCGGUACCAGGGCAUCUUUCCAAGCCAGACACUAGCGUUUGAGGUCAAGAAGCGUCUAGAGGCGCGCAUCGACGAGCAACUGGACAGGUUCGACUACAGGCCCGAGGCCCGAGCUGCGGCCACUAGGCGUCUCUACGAGCAGGCGAAGAAGCGCAGGCAAGAGCAGGGCGAUGUGCUACCCGACCUAGACCUUGAGGAGGGCAUCGGUGGCGAUGUUGACGCCAUGAGCGCGCACAUCCUCGAGGGUAUCCCUGAGGGCGGCGAGGAACCCAUGAUGGAUAACCUGACGGCUCCCUAGAGAAGCCAAGCGCUGGGUCCGACACUUUUGUCUGUUUCCCCGUGUACGGCCAUGUCCUGGCCUCUGUUGCGUAUACGCUUCGUCGGCAUGGGAGGAGACGAGGGCAUGUGACAAAUACUGUAUAAAAUACCUACCAAUGUAUAUGAGCUUAUAGAACUCUCUCCCUACCUACUUGAGUCGAAAUGUAGACGAGCAUAAACUGCUUUUGUUUGGGAGUCUAGUCGAGAAGGCAAAGAAUGGGUACCUCGCAUCUAUCAAGGUAUGUAUAUGUAUAUAUAUGUAUAUGUAUGUAUAUGUAUGUUCUGCACAAACUACCAAAAGUUUAUCAAAGCCGGCGAUGUUUAGGUGUAACCUGAAACAGGCAGACCGCCCAAUAAAAGGCCGUGCCUUACAUUACAACAACC